AUGGUCUCAGGUGGUGGGAAGCACCUGCAGGUGCUGCCCUCAGGAGGCCACAGGGUGGUUGGUGGUGGGGACACAGAGGCACCAGGUGCCCCUGCCGUUGUCUCCUGCAAGGCACAGGGGCCUAGACUGUUCACCUGCAGCACCUGGCUAACCCUGCCUGUGACCUACAUCAUCACAGAGCAGGUUGUGGGGAUGGAGUACCAGGAGCAGAGUUCUUGCAGCCAGAUGCUGCGGGGCCUGCAGUCCCAUUCUGUCUACUCCAGAGGCUGGUACGAUGUGGCCUACAACUUCCUGGUUGGGGACAAUGGCAGGGUGUACGAAGGUGUUGGCUGGGACAUCCAAGGCCUGCACACCCAGGACUACAACAGUGUCUCACUGGGCAUUGCCUUCUUUGGCAAUAAGAUGGGCAGCAGUCCCAGCCCGACUGCCUUGUCAGCUGCAGAGGGCCUUAUCUCCUGUGCCAUCCAGAAGGGUCACCUGUCACUGAGGUAUAUUUGGCCACUUCUUCUGAAAGAAGAGAGCUUCCUGGACCCUCAAUAUCCAGUGAUGCCCAGGAAAGUUUGCCCCAACAUUGUCCCACGAUCUGCUUGGGAAGCCAGAGAGACACAUUGUCCUGAAAUGAACCUUCCAGCCAAAUAUGUCAUUAUCAUUCACACAUCUCAGACCAGCUGCAACAUAUCCAUGGACUGCUGGACUCUCAUCCAGAACAUCCAGUCCUUUCACAUGGACACAUGGGGAUUUUGUGACAUUGGAUAUCACUUCCUGGUGGGCCAAGAUGGUGGUGUGUACAAAGGGGUUGGCUGGCACAUCCAGGGCUCGCACACCUAUGGCUACAAUGACAUUGCCUUGGGGACUGCCUUCAUGGGCCACUUUGUAGAAAAGCCUCCAAAUGCUGUGGCGCUGGAGGCAGCCCAGGACCUGAUCCAGUGCGCCGUGGUCAAGGGGUACCUGGCUCCUGACUACCUGCUGGUGGGCCACAGUGAUGUGACCAGCACCCCGUCCCCUGGGCAGGCUUUGUACAACAUCAUCAGAACCUGGCCUCACUUCAAGCACUAA